AUGCUGGAAAUCCUUGGUUUCAAAGUCCCACAGGCUCAGCCCACCAAGCCAGCCCUCAAGUCAGAGGAGAAGUUAAAGAAUAACAUCUCUUCAGGCCACUCACCCCAUGGUCCUCUCACGAGGCCCUCCGAGCAGCUGGACUAUCUCUCCAGAGUCCAAGGAUUCCAGGUUGAAUACAAAGACUUCCCAAAAAACAACAAGAAUGAGUUUGUAUCUCUAAUCAAUUGUUCCUCCCAGCCGCCUCUGAUCAGU